UUUGCAGAUAUUAUACAAUAAUUAAUAUUAUUUUUACAGAUGGCAGAAGUAGAAUGUAUAAAUGAAACCUCAAACUCGAAUAAUGAAAAAGAACAUGAAGAACAUAUCACUUCAACACCUGUCAAUAUUCGAAAGAGAUCAAAAAACUUUUUAAAAUCUAAUAAAAAUAAAAAAAUAGAUACUUCUUUAGACGACGCAGUUAAAGCACUCAGAGAAGUUUCAUCAUCACACACAUCAAAUAAUGAGUUUGGUAUGUUUGGACAACUGAUUGGUCUUCAGUUGUCCAAACUUCCGUUAGAAGAGGCUCUUGUCUUACAACAAGAAAUACAAUUAAAAAUUAACGAAGCACGUAUUCGUAGUGUUCGUAAUUUAACUAGUUCACCUCUCUCAACUUCUGUAGAUUGCUUACCAAAUACUUCCAACAAUAUAUACCAUUCAAAAAGCCCUGUUUAUGAGGAAUCAUAUUCUGUGAUUGAUAAUAUACAAAGAUCACCAACUACAGGUACAUACUUUAUGAAUUGGGCUCCCGAGGACAGCUUUACAGAUGAUUAAUAAAGGUAAUUGUAUACCAUGCCUAAUGAGUUAUAAAG